GUGUGCACCACCAUUUGUGAAAAACGCUGUUUUGUUGUUCUGAGCUGAUGCAAGUUCCGCGUAUGUACAAUAAAACGCAAUUAAAACAGCUUUCAACGAGUUUUUCUACGAGUAAUAUCAGCAGCCCGCAUUAAAAGUGUUCCGCCAAUCGCUUCGUCAUCAGUGAGCAACGCAAGAAACAACGCAUCGCCUGUUUCUUGCAGGGCUUGUUUAGGACCGAAGCGGAAAGCAACAACAUCACGACGACUCCUAUCAUGGAACACAGUUAUACGCGCGAUUUUCGUCUAUUGGAAAGUAGUCAAACUGCAAUGACCCGCACGUUGAUGAUACAUCGGCCGCCCCAGUGCCCUUCGUGCCACACGCACUCGCACGAUGAGCGAAUCGAUCUGGAGGAAUCGCACAAUCCACCCAUACCGUCGUACAAUGAGGAAAGUGCGCGCCGUGCUAUGCAGGAAAGUGAAAACAUAGUGGUUACCGCCAGAAACUCUGUGUCGGAUGAGGACGAUUGGGAGGAACGAGUCAACACCUUUGGAUGGACGGUACAGCAGUUCAAGUUGUUCGACCGUGUAGCACGGCUGCUGGAUAUGGACCGGCUGGCAAGGUUGACAAACACGGAAAAGCAGCACGAGCCCGUGCAUCGUCGUACAGUCAUUGACAAGUCGGUUAGCCGGCUCCGACAGGCACUGGCAAGCGUUUCGUGGGAAACGAGACUAACCCAGUGGCUUCAUGUGCUGCUGAUGGAGAAUCUCCCACCUUCGUAUUUGGCGAUUUACAUCGAUAUACUACAAACACUUCACGCUAAACUGCCGCUGUUGGCGAACAAAAUGAUCUUCGGAAGUACGCUCAACGUGGGCCAGGAACUGCUUCGCCCGGUGCUGAAGAAACCGUGGGAACCGAUAGUGUCGCACAAAAAUCGGAAGCUCCCGGGUCAGCCGUACAUUGUGAUCGCGCCGUCGGUGCCAAAUUUCUCCCAACCGACCGCACGCCAACAGAAAUGGUUUAGCCUGUUUGCGACCAUGUCCUCGGUAAUACCGAUCCAAGGCACGCAAGGCAAAACCAAUAUCGACAAACAGUCGCUGCAGCUGCUGGCAGAGAACAUGGUGGCCACCACGCGAGCUAAAAUACAACAGGUGCGCAGUACAACACCGAAUCGAUCGAUCAUUUUGGUGGGUUUUGAUGCGGGUUCCGCCAUUGCCAUCCAGGUCGGCUUGGUAGAGUCCGUUAGCUGUGUCAUUUGCUUGGGAUUCUCGUACAACACGUACAACGGUGUACGUGGCACACCGGAUGAUCACAUUGUGGACAUCGGUUGUCCCGUGCUGUUCGUCAUUGGUCAGAACUCUGCUCGCGCCAGCCACGAAGAAAUAGAAAUGCUGCGAGAUCGCAUGUCCACCCAAACAUCGCUCGUUGUGGUAGGAGCGGCAGACGAGUGUCUCCGCGUGUCGAAAACGAAGCGCAAAAUCGAAGGAGUAACGCAAUCGAUGGUGGACAACAUGGUUGCCGACGAGAUAGCGGAAUUUGCCACGAACUGCUUAGUUAGCCCCCCGCGAACGAAGCAAUCCGCCAUGGGUGGACAGUUCACGAAUGGCACAGGCCUAUCGGAAACCAUACCUCAAUCCCAACGCCCCGAAAGCGACCUAACGGCACAGCGCAAGCGAAAACAUACGCCAGAUUCUAAAACUGAUUUUAAGCUGCAGAAAAAAUCACAGAACCGCCGUUCCACUAAAACGAACCAACCACCCGAUGGCGCUCUCGCUACGUCUCAGACUUCGCAGGAUGCAUUGGAUGUAGCCAUCCAGAGCAUCCUACCAACGACACCGGAUAAACAAAUAAAGAGCGAGAAGAUCAUUCUACCGCUCGCGAAGAACGAUGAGGUGCUGAAAUUUGAAUCCGGCAGUACGCAGAUUAUUUCUGCCAGGGCUAGCACACCGAUAGUGCUUCCGGCACUGAAGCGAGACUCCGCGCAUAGUUCCCUGUCGAGCGGGGUAUUGCAGCCGCAGCAGCAGCACCAGGGCAAUGUGAAUGUGAAACUGAUUGAAUCGAACCAACUGAUCCAUCUGAAACCAGCCACAGGCACGACGCAGAAGUUUUACUCCAUCAAAUCCUCGUCCAAACCGGUCGUGUCCGUGCUACCGAAUGCAAGUCCGGGUGUAAGUGAUGGUGCCAUAUCGUCGACCGAAAUAAGCAGCCCGCCUAAGUUUACGAUCGUGCGCAGUGUGGGCUCCACGCCGGCCGUUUUCAGUUCGACAGCAGAUGCAAGCGCUACGAGCAAGGUGGCCAAGGACCUUUCGGAGACAAACAUUUUCGAUCUUCCGAUCGUGUUUGCCGACAGUGAUGGUGUCAUUCAAGAGGGCUCGCCCGAAAAGCCAAAGCAAGAUAUUCGGCCCGCAAGUGGUGGCGCGACAGCAACAGUUACAUCAACCGUAACGGGGCUGGGUGGUUCGCCAACGUCAGGAAAUGCGGAGGGUAGCGCUACGCCUGCCCAGCCAACCGGUAAUCGAUUUAUCACGCUGCAACAACCUUCCGCCGGAGGUUUGCCACAGAUAUCGAUAGGAAAGAAUUCGAAGCAGCUGGUGGUCAUUAACAAGGGAACGCUUAAACCAGUCGAUCCCAGCAUCGUAUUGCCGGUGGGGACCAAAAUUAACUUACCCUUGUCCGUCGCAUCGAGUGCUGCAAAUACGACAGCCGGCGGCACGGUGGUAACGACUGGAGUGGGAGCAAGGCCCAAAUUUACAAAACUACUCCUGACCAAACCACUUACCACCACCGGCACCGGCAGUGGUGGUGUGGUGAAGAAUUUGGGUGAACUGUUGUCGGGCAGCAAGAUUGGAUUUGUUAACUGUGCGACUGGUGUGAAACAGACCUCCGUGACGGGCACGGGCACCCCAGUGACCGUGCAGCAGAACAAAAUUCAAUCCAUCGUCAUCAACCCGUACAAUGCGAACAAGCUUCAGCAAACCGUGGCCGGUAAUAAGGACGCUGCUGGCAGCAGUAUCCCGAUCGUCGGAAGCAAUAAGAUUUUGAUUAAAACGACCACCUCGGCACUAUCUGCUGCGAGCGCGGCACCUUCACUGGUGGGCCGGAAUCUGAAGUUCAACAUCGUGUCCACAUCGACGGGCACUAAGCAGAGUACUGCCACGCGCAAUGUGGAUGGUUCAAAAAUGCUUACCCUUAGACCCGCCGUGCUGGGAAUCCUGUCCCAAACGAAGCCGAUGGUUCUGCAAACCAAACCACUCAGCAGACCAUUCUGGGGCUGGGUUAACAUGAUGUUUAACCGUGUGGAUCGUGCCCGGCUGAAAAAGGUCGGCCCCGAUCGUUUGUGCGCCGAAUGGUUACUGAAGAAUGGAGCGAAGGCAAAAUUUGUCAAGGACAGCCGUAUACACGUACACUUCAAUGCCCUUCCGGAUGAAAAGCUGCCGGUACUGAUGGAGGAACUCGAUGGCACCGAUUCGGGCAUUAUGCACAUUGGUUUCGACCAUCUGGACGGAUUGAGCCGGCUCAGGAAGGUGGUACUACACAACUGUGUCUACAUUGACGACCAGGCUCUGUACAAGCUGCGGUACGUGGCCAGUACGCUGGAAGAGCUACAAAUUUCGAAAUGCGGCAACGUUACCGACCACGGGCUACUGCAUCUGAAGCAGCUGACCAACUUGCAGCAGGUGAAAACGUUUGAUUUGCCGGAUGUGAAAAAUAUGCAGGAUGUGGAAAAAACGCUAAAGCAAACACUUCCCAACUGUAAAUUUGAUAUGCAUCCUUAAGAAACCCGAAAUAAAAACCUAGAAAUGGUAAAAGGUUGAAAA